AUUAUAUGGCUCUGCCUUCGCGAUGACCAUUUCUCGGCGCGAGUUAGGGGGGCAAGGGCCCAGCACCCCACGCCCCGCCCGCGGGGCCGUGAGAGUCGACGUACGAAGCCCCGUCACUGCCCUUUCGUCUAUCCAGGGUAUCCCGGGACUCGAUGAUGGUAAAUCAACAGCAAGUGCGACCCGAUUCACCUCCUCGUGGACACGGAAUCGCCACGACAAGGACGACGAGGAAGGAGCUCGCGGCCCGAUCGGGCUGCGACUUCUGCAUUCGUCCCCGGCGCCACUGAUCGACCUGAUAUUUGUACAUGGUCUGCGGGGAGGUUCAAUAAAGACAUGGCGGAAAGGAAAUGAUCCUCGCUGUUUUUGGCCGCAGUUCUGGCUGCCUAUGGAGCCCGCUUUCGAACAUGCCAGUAUCCAUAGUUUUGGUUAUGACUCGGAUUGGGCAAGCUCGACACCAAGCAUACUCAACAUACACGAUUUCGGGCAGGUUCUCUUGGAAGAGAUGAGAAAUUCGCCAUCCUUGAGAGACAAAGGAGAGCGCCCUAUCAUACUCAUCGGUCACUCGAUGGGCGGUCUUGUCAUUAAGAAGGCAUUCAUUCUGGCUCAAAACGUACCGGACUUCAAGAACCGUGUUCGGUGUAUAUUCUUCUUGGCAACCCCCCACCGCGGAUCUGGGCAUGCUGCAACGCUGAACAACCUUCUGACGGUUUCUGGAAUAAUGUCUUCACGUCACUACCUCGCCGAUCUUGCAACGGGUUCGACCUCGAUUCAGUUGAUCAACGACGACUUUGAGAGGUGCGCCCACGACUUGCCUAUAUUCACUUUCUAUGAAACUUUAGGGAUGCUUCCAGCCAUUUCUUCAGCCUUGAUUGUUGAGAAAAAUUCCGCUAUCCUUGGACGCGGCUACAAGAAUGAACGGGUUCAGUAUGUCCACGCGAACCAUCGCGACAUAUGCAAAUUCGAAAGCCCCAAUGAUCAUAAUUAUGUCACCGUAAAAAAUGCCCUCGCUUGUGCGGUGGAAGAUCUCCUAAUAGAUGUUUCGGCCACCAAACGAGAAGAAUCCAGAGAACAAAUGACGACUUUAAGAUCUUUUCUCGGCGUGCCAGCCAGCCCAGACGAACAUCACCAGGGAGUCGAAGGCUCUUGUCGAUGGAUCGAAGCUCGGGACGACUUCCAAGAUUGGAGAGAUUGCGCCGAAGAGGUUGUUGCCGAAGCACUCGCCGAAACUGGGGGCAAGAAUCUGUCCAUCUUUUGGGUUCAUGCCAAUCCCGGGACGGGGAAGACAGUUCUCACCUCACAUGUCAUAUCUCAUCUUCGGGAGUUCCAGCUCGAGUGCGCUUAUCACUACUUUCAUGUCGGCGACAAGGCUUCGCAGUCUCUCGGGCCCUUCUUGAGAUCGAUGUGCUACCAGAUGGCCAUGUCGAAUCCUGUCAUCCGCGAAAACUUAUUGAAGUUAUGCUAUGAAGGUGCCAGCUUUGACUUGGACGAUUUUUGGGCCAUUUGGACGAAGGUUUUCAGAAAAGGCAUUCUUCAGGCUCGAGUCCAUACACCACAGUAUUGGGUCAUCGAUGCGAUGGAUGAGUCCCACAAGUAUCAAGAAUUCUUCACCAUGCUAAGAGGCGAGAACCCCGCCUUUCCUCUCCGGAUCUUCAUGACAAGUCGAAACAUUCACGAUAUGCAGCGACUGCAGCAAUCGCUGGAGUCGUCAGCAUCGCUGUUUUGCAUCGAGAUACCAGUUCAAGACACCAUCAACGAUAUUCGGUCUUACAUACAGAGUCGCAUCGAUAGCCUGCCACUUGGAAGCUUUACCGACAGAGAAGAACUUGCAAUCAACAUACUCGACAAGUCUAAUGCUUGCUUUCUAUGGGUCCGGCUGGUCCUGGACGAGCUGGAAAACGUAUACUCUAGCGAGAGCAUCACAAAAGUCCUUGAGAGAAUCCCGGGAGGAAUGCUUCCCUACUACGAGAGAACAGUUAAAGCGAUGACGGCAAACACCCUGGAGAAGCACAUCGCCAAGGCAGUCCUCGUCUGGACAGUAGCAAGUGCCCGAAAACUAACCAUAUCAGAGCUUUCCGUGGCACUCAAGCUUGAUAUUAAUACAGCGCUCCCUAGUGCAAAAAUUGCAGUCGAAGGACUCUGUGGCCAGUUGGUGUCUGUCGACAACGAUUCCGGCUUGGUCGAUCUUAUCCAUCCAACCGCCCGCGAGUUCCUGUUAUCCGAAGCAGCUGGCGAGUUCAUGGUCUCGAAGCCUGCCGCCCACGAGAGGAUAGCAUUGACGUGCUUGAAGCUGCUUUCGCGCGGCGAAAUGCGUCGUCCACGGAAUCGACCAAUAAGCCAAAUUCAGAGACAAUCCGAGGCCUCGCCGUUUCUCGGCUACGCUCUGAUGCAGUUUCCUGAGCACAUCUACGCUCCAUCUUCAAAGAGCGACGAGCUUUUAUUUGCGAUGGACCGAUUUUUUAAAUCGAAUGUCCUCAGUUGGAUCGAAAGACUUGCCCUGAAUGACAACCUCCAUUGCCUUGUCCGAGCAUCGAAGAAUCUCAGGGCAUAUCUGAGCCGGAGACCUAACCGUGGACCAGGUCUAAGCAGCCAGUUACGCAACAUUGACGGAUGGUCAACCGAUCUAAGCAGGCUGGUGACCCAAUUUGGAGAUGCUCUUUCAUACAACCCUUCGUCGAUCUAUCUUCUUAUUCCCCCGUUGUGCCCCUCUGGCUCCUCCAUCUACCAACAGUUCGGGAAGAGACCAGACAGUCUUUCCGUUGUAGGAGUGAAGAACAAUGCAUGGGACGACUGCGUCGCGUACGUCGGCUUUGGGGAUGACGUCGCAGUAGCCGUUUCUUGUGGCGAGAACCUCAUUGCCGUUGGAAUGGAAUCAGGAGAUGUGAACCUGUACAACCACCGCAGUUAUCAAAAGGAGGGGUUCAUCCACCACAAGCAUCCGGUCGAUCUAGUGCAUCUCACGGACAGGUUCAUCGCCAUUUGUACCACUAAGGCCAUCGUGUUCCAGGAAUUGGAUGGAAAUACAAUCUGGGAGAGUCGGUUGAGGUUCCGCUGCCUCCUGCUAACAUCCUCGGAUGACAGCAUCAUCGCUAUAUCCCAGCACGGUCACCUUCUGCGGUGGGAUAAAAUGAGCGGUGCAUUACUGGAGGACCAAAAUGUUGAAUAUCGAAAUUACGACGUCCCCACUAUGCACAACGGGCUUGUGGCUCGAGCACCACACGUCGCAUCGAUAUCACCAGAUAUGGAGAUGCUUGCUCUCGGAUAUCGCGGGGGUUCAGUCUGCCUCUGGGACAUCCGGGAGGCCGAACUCACCGGCUGGGCACGAGACGAAGCUGGACGACUUGCUGCGAAGGUGCUUUUCAACCCCGAUCCCAACAUCAACCUCUUGCUUGUCAUAUAUACGGACCACGGCCUUGCCUUGUAUGAGACCUGGUCGGGAAACCUGGUUCGAACCCAUACGAUGCCUAACGAAAUUGGUCUGUUAUCGGCGGCAUGUUCUCCUGACGGCCGAACCCUGGUCACCACAGACACGCGUGGCAAUAUGCACAUCUGGGAUUUCGAGUCAUUGUCUGUCCUGUAUCACGUCCUGUCUCCGUUCCCUUCCUUCCGCAUCUUGAACUUCACCUCGGAUGGGUCGAGCGUGGUCGACGUGAUGGAUUCCGCCAUGCGGAUCUGGUCUCCUGCCGUUCUCGUCCGUAAGAACUUGGAAGAGGACGCUAGCACGAGCGACGAUGCUAUUCAAUUAGCUGUGACGGAGGGCGCGUACGAGUCUCACAAAAAUGCGACGAUUAUGACGCUCUGCUCGCAUCCGUCGCUGCCCGUUGUCUUUGCAGGAAAGUACAAUAGUCAGGUCGUUGCUUUCGGCACAAAGGGAGAGAAGCCGACCACAGUGCUGUACUCGCAUUCACAAACGGCAUUUGUCAUGGAGCUGGCCAUCUCCAGGAACGACAUCAUCGCCUCGAGCGACGUCGCAGGCGUGGUGCAAGUCAGGAAGCUUGAGUCCUCAACCAUGAAAAUCGAGUUGUUGCUCGCCGAAAUACAUAUGACGGCGAAGGUCAAACAACUGUGCUUCAGUGCCGACGGCGAGUACCUUCUUGUGGGGACGACAAGUUCGGACCAUGUUUAUCGUGUCAUUGACGGUUCCUGCGUUGGGUCAUGGGCAUUUGACAAACAUGAGAGAAAGACCUGGCGAUGGCUCCUCCUUCCCCACGAGGACAAGGAAAAACAACACUUCACGCUGCUCAUGGACGGCGUGAUCCGGCGUUACAACGCCCAAUCCUUCCCCGCGCCUCUUGAAAGCCCAGAGAUCCGCCUACAAUACGACCUCGACGAAGGUGACGUGGAGACAGGCAUCAAUACUGCAGUCGUCAGCACAAGUACCCGAACGUUGGUCCUCGAAGUGCGCCACCAUUCAAACCUCCUUAUGUCUUCUUCUACAAUGUUCCUCUUCGACCUCAGCAAGGUCCCACCCCCAGCCACAGGGUCGCCGUCAGAUAUCAUACUAAAACCACUAAGUGACGUUCUGCCCAAGCAUUGCAAGCACUUCGUGGGUUUCAGCGAGCCAACCAAGAGCAUCGUCUUCGUCCACCAGAACUCGUGGAUCUCGAGUAUCGACUUGCCAAGCUUGGAGGAGAAGCGCUACACGCAGCACUUUUUUGUGCCAAAGGACUAUCUGGCUGGGUCGAGCGGCGCCGAGGGGUUGCCUGUCAAGACGGUGGGAGAUGACGUGGUGUUUUGUUUGCAUGGGGAACUGAUUGCUGUGAAGAACGGCCUUACGUUCCGAGAAGUCAAAGCGCUGGAGUAAACCGAGGCCCUAAGUAAGCGUCAUUUGGGGGUUCAGGAAGUGGAAUAGGAUUUCUAGAGACUGUCAUACCGCUCAUUGAUACAACUAUCCAUGCUGUUACACUACAGUCUGAUCCUGUGACAGAGAAGUGGGAGAUGGCCUUUCGUCUGCUCUAGUU